UUUUCAGGCUGCCUUGGGUCUCUUCAGGUUGGGGUUUAUCGUGGAUUUUCUGUCACAUGCAACGAUAGUAGGGUUCAUGGGAGGAGCAGCCACAGUGGUGAUUCUGCAGCAGCUAAAAUCGAUUCUUGGCCUUGAGCAUUUCACCCAUGCUGCUGAUAUCAUAUCAGUCAUGCGCUCUGUUUUCACCCAAACUCAUCAGUGGAGGUGGGAAAGCGCUGUCUUAGGUUUUUGCUUCAUUUUCUUCCUCCUUGUCACAAGAUACUUCAGCAAAAAACAACCAAGAUUUUUUUGGGUGUCAGCAAUGGCGCCAUUGACGUGCGUUAUAUUGGGAAGUCUCUUGGUUUAUUUCACUCACGCCGAGAAACACGGCGUUCAAGUGAUAGGAGAAUUGAAGAAGGGUUUAAAUCCAGCAUCUCUCACAAAUCUGGUGUUUGUGUCGCCUUAUAUGACCACAGCUGUGAAAACUGGCAUUGUGGUUGGCAUUAUAGCGCUUGCGGUGAGUACCUCUCAAACUCUAUUACUUUGUCGGAAUGCAUGCCUAAUAUGCCUUUGCUUCACGGCAACCUAAAAUGGACAAUGCCUCACCACGUGUACACAACAUAUAAAAGACAAAACCCAACUCUAGAGUGUCACAUCCCUUGCCAAAUAAAAUGAUAAAGAAACUCCA